GGACGAAAGGUUCUAAAUUCACAAAGAAAUUUGCAUUUACGUUUUACAUAGAACAGAUACAGAACGAGCCAACGAAAGGAGAUAGAGACAGAGACAGAGAGAGAUGACUAGCUUCCAUGGCCGAAGAUCCGAACAAUUCUCUUCUCUUCUCUUCUCGCUUUUGAUUCUAUUCGUCUCAGGCAUUGCGGGAGCAAGUGGCGAGCCUUCGAAUUCAAAAUCAGAGAGAAAAGCAAGCUCUGCGGGGAUCAAGGUCGUAAUCGUGUGCCUGGGUUUGGUGGCGGUGAUUGGAUUCUCUGUUUUCCUCUUCAAGCUAUGGCAAAAGAAGAAGAGGGAAGAACAGCACGCGCGUCUUCUCAAGCUCUUUGAAGACGACGACGAGCUCGAGGUUGAGCUCGGGAUUCGCGAUUGAUGGAGGAUUUCUCCGACGCUCUUUGAUUGAAUGAAUGAAUCUAUUUCCGAUUAGGUGCGCUUUGUCGCUCUCGCUUCGUUAAAUUUAGGUAAUUUUUAGAGAAUUGAUGUGACUAGUGAUUUUUUUUUCUCUGUCUUAUAUUUUGUGUAUACUAGUUCGAUUGUGCUAUAUAGCUGGUAAUCGAUUUAUGGAAAAUUUGAUUUGGAAA